AUGGAUUUGGAUGUGGCAUCAUUCGGAGAGGGCUCUGGUGUUCUCGCCACAACUGAGCCUGCAGUACAAACCAAAUUGCGUCAUAAAUGGACAUCCGCGUUUCGCGUUAUGCAGUCACUGCAUCGUUUGAAGAAUCCACCUCUUAAACACAACAAUCAUUUCAUUGAAUCGACACCUUCCAGAGAUGCAGUAGAUCCGGUAUACUUAGCACUGAAGCAAGCCACGGGAAUUUACGGUCGACGAGGUUCAUCAACGCAUAAUUUUGAUUCUGCUACACCGUCACCUCGAAACUUGUCAGAAGCUUCUUUGCAAGAUUCCGGAUACGCCGAAGCAAGCUGUAAUCGUGGAGUUAUGAUCAGCUCAACACCUCAGCUGGAUCAGUCAGGUAUGAAUGGAGGAAAGCGCCGUCCGCCUAAGUUACAGAAACAAAUGAAAUCGUUGUCUCUGGACUGCGCUGACUCACCACCUUCCAUUACAAGCGGUGUUUAUUCAAGAAGCAAAUUAACACCAAAACUAUUACAUUGCAAUAAUAGCUCUGGGGACAUAUCAGAAUGCGAACGAAGUCGAUCGUCGUCAGGACCAUCUCCUCGCUUAACUCCACGUCGUAUUAGCUCUUCAGAUGUUCUGCAAGGAUCUCAUGUAGUUAUUCAUGAAUACAUAGCUGGACCUGACACAGCCUUAUGCUUAGGCGAUCGAUUAAAAGUUGUUGACAACGGGGAUCCCGACUGGCUCUAUGGUUUCAAGACAGGUGAUCGGACAGAUCGGUUGAUGUCAUUCCCAAGUACUUGUGUUGCAUUGGUGCAACCUGGUGAGCAGCCAAUGUUGCUCAGGCAAAACGUUCAUAUACCUGAAGCCAAAAUGAGACUUUAUCGUGACCAGGUGGUAUUUGCGCAACCUGAUUCAAUUAUGGCUGGUCGAGUAUUGGUACGUACAGAACGUCAUGCUUUUGUUCAAUGUCCUUUGCAACAUCUGCUCUUAUUGUGA